CUGUCUAUAAAUAUCGUACUCAUAAAGUGCAUAAAUGAUGGCAGCGUCUCACGAAUAGCGCACAAGUGAGCAUAAAUUUCCCCCGAAAUGUGUUCUGCACUCCGAUAGGUACAAUAAUAUAAGCAUAAACAGCCACAGAAAGGUGGAAAUCAACAACUUACGGUAAAAAAAUAGGCAACUAGCGGGGCGGUGGCAUCGGGAGAACGUAUUUCACCAGUGGAUUCUCGAUCGGUUCGUGUGUGUUUAAAAGUGGGAGUCGUCGGGAAGGUUCAAUCCGAAAAUUUUUGCAGAAUGGAAGAUAUUUUCCAUUGGUGUCGCGAGGGCAAUUCGAUCCAGGUGCGUUUAUGGUUGGACGAUACCGAGCAUGAUAUGAAUCAAGGAGACGAUCAUGGAUUCAGUCCACUGCACUGGUGCGCCAAAGAGGGCCAUACGAAGUUAGUUGAGAUGCUGUUGCAUCGAGGUGCUCGUGUCAAUGCCACCAACAUGGGUGACGACAUCCCAUUGCAUUUGGCUGCGGCCCACGGACAUUUGGAAAUCGUUCAGAUGCUUGUACGCCACCGAUCGGAUGUGAACGCCGCCAACGAACACGGUAACACGCCGCUACACUACGCCUGCUUCUGGGGUUAUCAAUCGAUCGCUGAGGAACUGGUUAACAACGGUGCUCUGGUGUCGCUAGCCAACAAAGACGGUGAUAUCCCACUGGACAAGGCAAAGUCCCAGUUGGCUACUUGCCUUCACAAUUUGGCAGUUGAAAGUGGUCAGGAGCUGAAGAAGGUCAGCUUCAAGGAUCAGAGCUGGCUGGGGCUGAAGACUCGUUCGCGGGAUGCCACUUUGUCUCGCUUCAAGGGCAUUAACAUCCAGGAUCUGACGCUGCUUACCAAGUUGGCUUUGGGGCCAGGCGGCGAAACUUGGCGUGGAAGAUGGCAAAAUAAUGAUAUCGUGGCAAAGAUUUUGGCAAUUCGCGAAUGCAACGCCCGUGUUAGCCGAGAUUUCAACGAGGAGUUUCCAAAGUUGAGGAUUUUCUCGCACCCGAAUAUUCUGCCAGUGAUCGGUGCAUGUAAUGCUCCACCUCGACUGAUUGUGACCAGUCAGUAUAUGCCCAGGGGUUCAAUGUACGAUUUGCUGCACGGUGCUGCUGGUAUCGUAGUGGACACCGCCCAGGCCGUUCGAUUUGCAUUGGAUAUAGCCCGUGGAAUGGCAUAUUUGCAUUCGCUGGAAAGAAUUAUUCCCGAGUACCAUCUCAACAGCUUCCACGUUAUGAUUGACGACGAUCUGACUGCCCGUGUCAACAUGGCAGAUGCCAAAUUUUCGUUCCAAGAGAAGGGUCGCAUCUACCAGCCGGCCUGGAUGAGUCCGGAAAUGCUGCAGAAAAAGCGCAGCGAUCGCAACUGGGAAGCUUGCGAUAUGUGGAGCUUCGCAAUCUGUAUCUGGGAGUUGGCAACGCGGGAGGUUCCAUUCGCAGAACUGUCGGCGAUGGAAAUUGGUAUGCGGAUCGCUACCGAAGGUCUACGAGUGACCAUCCCGCCAGGAACGUCACCUCAUUUGAGCAAGUUGAUCAAAAUUUGCAUGAACGAGGAUCCAGGCAAACGUCCGAAGUUCGAUAUGAUUGUUCCGAUUCUCGAAAAGAUGAAACGUUAAGUUGUCGCGUCUAGUUGUGUUCAUUUCACGUCAAGUCACAUUUUUUGACGUUAUUUCUCUAAUUUAUUUUCUGUUUGUCCACCAGGAUAAGAUUAUUUACUUUGCCAAAACGUAACAGUGUGCUGAACUAAUAACAAGUAAGAAAAAAACAAGGUUUUUCUUAGGUUUCAAACGACUCGAAGUUGAUUGGAAAAAAUAAGUUUUAAUAUUUGUUGAUAUUCUGAAAACGUGUAUUGUAACAAAUCAAAAGCAAGUGUCUUACGAUGUAAUAGUAUUAAUACGAGAUUUUAGGGACAGCAUGUAAGUUGGGCUACAUAAUUAACAGGAAUUAAUAGAAGUAGUCGCAUGUGCGUAUAUCUAACGUUUUAAAUGUAUAGAGCGAAUCUUAUUUUUAAUAAACGUUUAUUGACGAGUAA